AUGCAUCUCCAGGGCGAAUCCUCCGCCUCCACCGCCGCCCUCCGACCAGCCCUCGCCUUUCCUCACCACCACCACGGGACCUCAAUUCACAUCCCUGCGCCGCCCCGCGUCGGCCCAAUCGCGGUCGGCGCUCGAAUCGUCCAGCAGGAAGGCGUCAAGGCCCUGUUCUCCGGAAGGAAGGGAUCGGAACUACACCAGCGUGGUGGACGCGAUCGCGCGGAUGUCACGGCAGGAAGGGAUCGGGAGCUUGUGGCGCGGGUCGGCAAUGACGGUGAAUAG